GCCAUAUUAUGGGCAAAUUUAUAGGAAAAGAAAAGUGGACGAUUGCGAAAAAUGCUCCGAUUCGGAAGACAACGACGAUUUUAUGCGUACUCCGAAAAGGAGAAAGUUGAUGAGUACAUCUCAGUAUAUAUACAAGACAUUAUUUUUGCAAGGUCAGAAUAGUGAUAUUACAAUUGUAGCAUUAAGUCAAGAAUGGAAACUUCACAAAGUGUAUUUAUGUCAGUCACCUUAUUUUUCAAGCAUGUUUUGUGGGUCGUGGAGAGAAGCAGAAGAAGGAAUUAUUACUGUUGGCAUAGAGGAUCCAAAUGUAACAGCUAAUGCAUUAAAAAUUGUUUUUGGAUCACUUUAUCAAGAUGAAGUAUCAAUAGAGCCUGCUGAAGUGGUGCCUGUUCUUUCGACUGCCACUCUCUUCCAGUUGGAUGGAAUGAUCCAACAGUGUGCUGAAAUAAUGUUGGAGACUAUUAAUUUACAGACUGUGUUACUGUAUUAUGAAGCUGCUGAACAAUAUGGUUUAAAAAAGGUAGCUGAAAAAUCCUUUGAGUGGCUCUUAAGGAAUCUCAUGAUAAAAAUUCAAGAAUCUGCUCCACAGUUGCGACAAAUCAAUACUGAGCUCAUGACGAAGUUAAUUUCUUCCCCAGAACUAAUUGUCAUGCAAACUGAAUUCUCUAUUUAUAUUCUUUUGAAGACUUGGAUCUUUGUUCAUGAAAAUCCUUCUUGGGAUGGAAAUAUGAAAGCAUUUCUUCUUGAAGCUCAUAAAUGUGUCCAUGAAACAUCGAAUACUUCAUCAAAAUUACUAUUUACAAAAGAAAGGGGAAAAAGUUUCUUAGAGACAGAAAGUGGUGAACCUUAUUUACCUGCAUUUCGUGCCUUAAGAUCUCAGCAUUUGGUGAAUCAUCAUCUUGAUGUAGAAUUGCUGGACAGUGAUCAAAUUGUGCCUAAAAGUUGGUUUCUUCCUGUUUUUAAAACUCAGUGGUAUACCAUGUUGCGUGUGGAUCAAGGUGUUGACAGGGGACCCAAACAAAUAGCUCAGGAAGAAUUUGAUUCACAGUGUCUGAGGUGUGCCAGAAAAUUAAUUUCGGAUGGACAGCAUAUCUGGAGAUGGACAGGAUUUAAUUUCGGACUAGAUUUGGUGGUAACGUAUCACAUGAGGUGUGUACGAUUUCGUCGUAACCAGAGGAACGAUUCCGAACGGUAUAUUCCUUCUAUCCAGCCAUGCAGGCGUCAUCUGAUGUACCGUUUAACGAUUUAUUCUCUGGAUAAACAAGGCCAUGCCACUUACACGGCUACAACCAAUUUGAAAACUUUGACUCUUGCCAAAAAUGAAGAAGUGAAAGUAUUGAAUCUCGACAAAGACUGUCCAUUUCCCAUAGUGGUCAGUGCAAAUUUUCUGGUUACGACUCCUCUUCACUCUCCGAACUCUAGCAGGCAGCAUUCGCCUGUGAGAAAUGCAAAAGACAGUUAAUAACAUUAUCGUUGGAACUUGUAAUUAUUCAUUUUUGUACAUGAACAAUGUAAAAAACAUAAUCAAAAUAUUCAUAAGGUGCUUACUAAAAUAUAUCAGAUUUUAUUAAUAUAUUUAUUUGCCACUAUAUAUACUUACAUUAUUCAGUUCAGAUUUAAAUAUCUGAAGAUAUAUUAUUUUUAGAUUGUUAUGUUUUCAUUGUUUAUAGAAAGAUUUCACGUCGUUAUCAUUUCACAGGUGCAAAUUGAUUGUCUACCCUUUUCAUAUUCAGUUUUGAGAUAAUUUUUGUCACAGCACAUUUUUUUUUACUCGCGCACUUUUCCGCAUGUUAAUCAGUCUGAACAUCAGUUAUUUGCAUCACUUCAUGGUAAUUAAGUGUCUUUUUUUUUCUUAAUAUCACAUUGUUUUCUUCAGAAAGUGUAUGUAAAAUAUAAACUGGUGCGGUUCAUUCGGUCAAAAUGAGAGAUUUUUACGGAAAAUCUUAGAGAAAAAUUAUUGUAAUGUAAUUAUUUGAAAUGUUUUUAUUGACAUUUUGUUAAAAAAAAUCAUUUCUGUGAUAGAUAAUUGUUAAUCAUCUUCAGACUAUUAUAUUCAGAAUCUAUUUUGCUUCAUUUGUUUCUCUUUGAAGCCAAGCAAGGCUUCGAAAUUUAUGAAAGUGCCAUUAUUGUUUG